CUAUCUCUUUUUUUUUAAUCGUUUUAUUCUAAAUCCUCCUCCGGGAGUACAGGAGAGGACGUUUGGAUGUGCGCAACGGAGCACGUGUGCCACUCCGCGCAAGGAGCGCGCUCCAGCCUUUUAUUCGAGCUCUAAAGUAUUUGUCUUAUUUUCUACACAUCCUUAAAAAAAAUGGUCAAUUUGGGGGAAACUCUUCCUUGCGACGGGACCUGUUGUUGCUGACUUGGAAGAGGUUUGAUUCCUCUAACGGCCGAUGACUUAAUCCAGGAGUAAACACUUUCAAAGGAAAUAGCCCUGUGAAAAUGAUUGUGCGCAUUGUGAGAGCACCGUUUCCCAACUUGCCGUCCCCCUGCGGUGCUCUGUGACCCCCCUCCUCCCUCCCCCCGUCCCCCCACCUCUCCGUCCAAUUGAGGACUCAGCACAUUUGUGAUGAGGAUGUCCGCAGCUUGCGAGGAAGAUUUAAAGAUUUCACAGCUACUGGAUUUUUUUUUUUUGGUACACAGGGGAUGGCUGCUAAAAAUAGCCUGCAUGCUGAUGAGGCUACAAUGAACAGGUUGGUGUUCAGCGGAAACUUGGAGCCAUGGGGAAAGAUGUCUUGUUGCGGUGCAUUCUAAAUCACAGCUAAGACAAAGUGAGCGGCGGCUCAAAGAAAAGGAGACAACGAGAGCAUUUCUUUAAUUGGACGACUUUAUUCACAUCCGAAUAAUUCACUUGGGGGAGAACAGAUACCAACAGGCGAUAUUGGAAGCAGCUUGUUGAUGGCACUGCGCACCGGGAGGACUUCGUUUGGGCAGGUCUUGCGCAGGGUCUUUCGGCUGCGGGGCACCUGGUCCCGGCGCUCGAGCAGUCUCUUGUGUCUCUCCGCAAACCAGGAGCAGGAUCUGGGGGUCCAUCACCACAAGGUGGGUGAUUUCCACAGCUGCCACGACUCCGGCAUCCACCGCGGUCACCGCCACCGGAGCGCGCCUUUCUGCGCCUCCGCCUCCAGGCGCUGCCCACACGGCUUCCCCAACGCUUGCUGCGCCUUCCCGGGGAAUCCGAGGGGACAUGAGCCCCUCGGUCGCCGGUUCCUGUUGGCCAUGAAGCGGCAAAACGUGCGGACCUUGUCCCUGAUCAUUUGCACGUUCACGUACCUGCUGGUCGGGGCCGCUGUCUUUGACGCCCUGGAGUCCGACCACGAGAUGCGGGAAAAGGAGCAGCUGGAAGCCCAGGAGAAGCGUCUCCAGGGGAAAUAUAACAUCAGCGAGGAUGAUUACCGCAAGCUGGAGACCAUCAUCAUGGAGGCUGAGCCCCACAGAGCCGGGGUGCAGUGGAAAUUUGCAGGGUCAUUUUACUUUGCCAUCACGGUCAUAACCACCAUAGGCUAUGGGCACGCGGCGCCGGGGACCGACGCCGGCAAGGCCUUCUGCAUGUUUUACGCCGUGCUGGGAAUCCCUCUGACCCUGGUCAUGUUCCAGAGUCUGGGCGAGCGGAUGAACACGUUUGUCAAGUACCUCCUGAAGCGAAUCAAGAAGUGCUGCGGCAUGAGCAUCACCGACGUGUCCAUGGAGAACAUGGUGACCGUGGGGUUCUUCUCCUGCAUCGGCACGCUGUGCAUCGGCGCCGCCGCCUUCUCCCAUUACGAGGACUGGAGCUUCUUCCAGUCUUAUUAUUACUGCUUUAUCACAUUAACAACUAUAGGCUUUGGGGACUUUGUGGCCCUUCAAAAGAACCGGGCCCUCCAGAAGAAGCCCCUGUACGUGGCCUUUAGCUUCAUGUACAUCCUGGUGGGCCUGACGGUCAUCGGGGCCUUCCUCAACCUGGUGGUCCUCCGCUUCCUCACCAUGAACAGCGAGGACGAGCGGCGCGACGCCGAGGAACGGGCCUCGCUGGCCGGCAACCGGAGCAGCAUGAUCAUCCACAUCCAGGACGAGUCGCUGCAGCGGGGCCGGCGGGGGCGCAAGCCGUACCGGCCGGAGGUGAGCGACCUGCAGUCGGUGUGCUCCUGCAUGCACUACCGCUCGCGUGACUUCGGCAGCUCCGGGGGGGGGAUGGGAGGCCUCGGCUGCGCCUUCUCCCACCAGAACUCCUUCAGCUCGCAGCUGAAUCCCAAUCAGUACUUUCACUCGGUUUCUUACCGGAUCGAGGAGAUCUCGCCCAGCACCUUGAAAAACAGCUUCUUCCCCUCGCCCAUGAGCUCGGUGUCGCCGGGCCUCCACAGCUUCACCGACAGUCACCAGCUCAUGAGGAGAAGAAAAUCCAUCUGAACCGAUGAGGUUCCAUGUUUUAUACACGCGGUCAGACAUUUCCAACAAUGCUCCUUAUCAUAUCUUGUUUCAGCACUUUUUGUCCUCUUUCUGUUCUGGUGGUGUGUAAUAUACAAAAGUGUUCUUGGGGAAGGGAUGAAGAACUGUGCGGAACAGCGUGGACACAACGGGACGCAAAGCAUGAAGCAUGGAUGUCUAUUUUUUCAUGGGAUUGCUCUAUUUACAGACAAGAAGAACUUCCUCAUUUCAGAUCGACGGUACAAAAUUGAUAUAUUAACUUUGGUUUCAUACCAAAUGAUGUACACUAAGGGAAAUGCUAUUUUUCAAAGGGGAGUUAGCUCGUUUCACCUUAACUUUAUGUACUAUCCCUAUGCCUCACUGCAGACAGAGAUUCUCAAAUGACUAAAAGCAUCAGGUAUUGUUUUCUAUAAGCGAUCAUAUAUCUCAAUGGUUUCACCAUGCAUCAAGCCAAAAUAUCGUUGCCAAUAUUAGCAUGUGCAUUAGAUGUCGCUUACUGAGUGUGCCAUUAUUUUGCGACAUUCAUCAGUCGGUUUAUUGAACAGCAGAAUGAAGGUUGAACUCAAAGGAUCAUGCUGCUGUUAUUAACGUGUUCCCUCCCCGAGAAGCAGAUUUCACCCACGGCCUUUUUUCGUAAUUAGAUUUCAAACUGACCUGGAGGAAAAUCCAACACCCGAACUACACAUUUAAAUAGAUUUGUGUUUGAACACGUUACAAUCGUGUUGAAUAUUAACCAUGUCCAAGUGCAACAAAGUUCAGCUUAAGGGCUAACUCCAUUAUAAGGGAGGCAGAUGGACCUGUUUCUUAAUUUACAGGUAAUUUAUUAAAAAGAAAAGAAUGCAAUGAAGCUCAAAAGAUACCGGAGCCUACAAUGACACCCCACACCUCCAUUUUUCAUCACUUUUAUUCAAAUAUUUAAUGUUCACACACGAGUCGCCACAGAGUGAGCUGAAUGUGUAGAAUCGGUGAAAUGACCCUUUAAGGGCCCGGUAGCGUCACAGGUUCACUUUUGAUUGGCCUCAAGAUAUUUUUAGAAGCAUUCUUUGACACUUAGUUCGAACUGAUGGGCCUUUUAAGAGGAAUGUGAUCUUGUUGGUUGCUGGGAAAUGAUUAAAAUGACAACAUGAAACAGUUUUGACCUCCAGUUACCAAAGUGCAAUUAUGUGUUGCCAGCUGAAUUCAUGAGCAGUGCCACUUUUAAUCAAAGGACAUGCAUGAUUAUGCCUCCAAGUCCUGCGCGGUACACAAUGCAUGUCUGUGGCUGCUGACCCCGGGUCUGCUGAUGAACCCUAUUCAGAUCUAAAAGUGCCAAGAAGCAGAACGGUUAACAGUGACGCAAAGUCUCCACAUCUAACCGGACCUUUCUUGACGUUUUAAUGCACUUGCGAGGCUUUAGGGAAACACAACCCCAUAAAGACAUCAGGAAGGAGAAGCAGGAAUGGUGCGUUGAUAUGACGGGACAGCUGAAGAUACCGGAGAAAAACACUUAAAAACAUCAGUGUGAUCCUUUCACUUUAAAAUAUCAGAAGUAAAAGCAUUAUGAAACAUGUUUCAUGUUUGAAAGAAGUGCAUGAACUUUGUAUGAUGAAUUGGGAAAUCAUUUCGUAAUAACUUCUAAAGUAUUUGGAUGGCGAAUAGUCUUAAGAAUAAUUUACAACACAAUCUGUUUCUUUUGCCAAAGUGCAGCAGUUCUUAAAGGGAAACACUUUAUGUAAUUGAUUAUUUUUUCAUUCAAACAAACUGUACAAUAAUGUUUCUUUCUCAGGUUUGAAUGAAUCGCCUUUUAUCGGCUCGGCUCCCGUAACAAUCCCGAAAGUGCAAGCGCAACGGCCAACUAUUACGAUGUACAUAUCAAAUCCUCAUUUCCGAAUAGUAGGAAUUCUCUGAGCAAUGCGGCUGAGAUGCAUCAUCUCGCUGAGGCCUGCGCUGCGUCUCAUGCACCAGGAGUCAGUUUGCAUUAAAGGCGUCAUUUGAGACAGCGCUGGGAAACAUUUGGGCAUUUCAUGGUAUUUCUUUUGAUUAUAGGACCUUUCGUUGAAGCCCGAUGCUCCUUUUCUGUCACAAAUAAUAAAACAAAACUCUCACUAUAACUGAGCUCUGAAAUUAGGCGGGAUUAAAGCGCCACUGAUUUCCUAAAGGCCUUUUAAGCUGUAAAUGUGCAUUUAAAUAUAAAUAAUUGGUAAACACUUUUUAAAGUUUCACAGGGCUGGGAGUGAUUCCCUCAGCAAGUUCCAUCCUUCAAAAUUAAUGUUUGUACAGAGACACCGAACACCACCUUUCUGGAGCUUUUCGAGAAUCCUUUGCUGCCAAGUGCCAACUUAUAUUCAUUUCCUGGGCGGCUGAGCAAACCCGCCUCUGUUUGGGUAGAUGGUGAAACGCCGUGGAUCCUUUUCCACUCGAGACAAGCGUAACCAGAGACGAGCCCUAGAAGCACCGGCUUACCUAAAUAUCCUGUACAAUAUGUUUAUAACGACCUUUGGAAUAAAAGAAAAUGCCUUUUCGCGGCUGA